AUGCAUAUGACCAGUGGUAAAAACCUUAAUGGACAGGUAGUUGUGGUGACCGGCGCUAACACAGGCAUUGGUAAAGAGACUGCAUAUCAGCUCACACUUAGAGAUGCAAAGGUGUAUAUCUUGUGUCGGGACCAGAAGAAAGGAAAAGCGGCCGUAAAAGACAUUCAAUCAUUGAAUCCAAAGGCAAAUAUAAAACUACUUUCGCUGGACUUGUCUUCACUCACAUCUGUCCGCAAAUGUGUGGAAGAGUUGUCGGGUUUGGAGACAAAAGUCGAUAUACUUAUCAAUAACGCAGGAGUUAUGGCCUGUCCUGAGUGGCAGACGGAGGAUGGGUUUGAGAUGCAGUUUGGGACUAAUCAUCUAGGUCAUUUCCUAUUUACUCUACAUUUAAUACCAUUGCUAAAGAAAGCACCGGCGGGUCGUAUAGUGAAUGUCUCGUCGACUGGACACCAAUUUGGCGAAAUUAAUCUGCAAAAUAUAAACCUACGAAACGGUGCAUAUCAUAACUUUUUUGCUUACGGACAGAGCAAACUCGCAAAUGUGUUGUUUAGCCGUGAAUUGGCCAAAAGGCUCCGCCACUCAAACAUUAACACCUAUAGCCUAAACCCCGGGGCCAUUGACACUGAUCUGCAAAGACAUGUCGACCCAUCGGCCGCUACGGCUACCGAUAAGAGUUGGUUUAGGCGUAACUUUUUUAUGACACCAUUGAUGGGCUCUCAGACCACACUCUACUGCGCUCUCGACGAUGAACUCGCAGAUCAGACGGGAUAUUAUUACGACAACUGUCGUCGUGUGGAUCAUAUAAUACCCGAAGCCAAUGACGAUAAGACUGCCAAAAGUCUGUGGGAAUUGAGUUGUGAUUUAGUAGUUGUGAUUACCGGCGCCAACACUGGCAUCGGUAAAACAACUGCACAUCAGCUAACGCUCAGGGAUGCAACGGUUUACAUCGGGUGUCGGGACCAGAAGAAAGGCGAAGCGGCCGUCAAAGACAUCUUAGCAUUGAAUCCAAAGGCAAAUAUAAAACUACUUUCGCUGGACUUGUCUUCACUCAAAUCUGUCCGCAAAUGUGUGGAAGAGUUGUCGGGUUUGGAGACAAAAGUCGAUAUACUUAUCAAUAACGCAGGACUCGGAGGGUGUCCAGAGUCGCAGACAGAGGACGGGUUUGAGAUGCAAAUUGGCACUAAUCAUCUAGGUCAUUUCUUAUUUACAUUACAUUUGAUACCAUUGCUAAAGAAAGCACCGGCGGCUCGUAUAGUGAACGUGUCGUCGGAGGGACAUAAUUUCGGCAAAAUUCACCUUGAUAAUAUAAAUCUGCGAAACGGCGAGUACAAUAAUAUUUUAGCGUACGGACAGAGCAAACUCGCAAAUGUGUUGUUCAGCCGGGAAUUGGCCAAAAGGCUACGCCAUUCAAACAUUAACACAUAUUGCGUUCACCCUGGUUCAAUUCAUACUGAAUUCAACCGACAUAUGGAUAAGUCCACGUCUAAGGAGGGGGUGAGGGCCGCCAUAAUGGGGUGGUUUAACCAUAAUCUUUUAACCACACCAUUGAUGGGCUCUCAGACCACACUCUACUGCGCUCUCGACGAUGAUAUCGCUGAUGAGACCGGAUAUUAUUACAACAAUAAGAAACUUAAUGGACAGGUAGUUGUGGUGACCGGCGGUAACACUGGUAUCGGUAAAGAGACUGCAUAUCAGCUAACGCUCAGGGAUGCAAAGGUAUACAUCGGGUGUCGGGACCGGAAGAAAGGCGAAGCGGCCGUCGAAAACAUCUUAGCAUUGAAUCCAAAGGCAAACAUAAAACUACUUUCGCUGGACUUGUCUUCACUCAAAUCUGUCCGCAAAUGUGUGGAAGAGUUGUCGGGUUUGGAGACAAAAGUGGAUAUACUUAUCAAUAACGCCGGAGUCGCCGGUUGUCCGGAGUGGCAGACAGAGGAUGGGUUUGAGAUGCAAUUUGGAACUAAUCACCUAGGUCAUUUUCUAUUUACACUCCAUUUGAUACCAUUGCUAAAGAAAGCACCGGCGGGUCGUAUAGUGACCGUUGCGGCUGGUGGACACAACAGUGGUCAAAUCCAUCUUGAUAAUAUAAACCUUAGGAACGGUGUAUAUCAUCCUAUUUUUGCAUACACUCAGAGCAAACUCGCAAACGUGUUGUUCAGCCGUGAAUUGGCCAAAAGGCUCCGCCACUCAAAUAUAAACACAUAUUCACUAAAUCCCGGGGCCAUUGCUACUGACCUUCAAAGACACAUGGGCGAAGCUGACACCCAGGAGGGGGUGGGGGCCGCCAUAAAGAGGUGGUUUAAACAUAACUUUUUAAUGACACCAUUGAUGGGCUCUCAGACCACACUCUAUUGCGCUCUCGACGAUGAACUCGCAGAUCAGACGGGAUAUUAUUACGAGUAUACAUUGGGUGUCGGGACCAGAGGAAAGGCAAACAUAAAACUACUUUCGCUGGACUUGUCUUCACUCACAUCUGUCCGCAAAUGUGUGGAAGAGUUGUCGGGUUUGGAGACAAAAGUCGAUAUACUUAUCAAUAACGCCGGCGUUGGCUGGACUCCGGAGUGGCAGACAGAAGAUGGGUUUGAAAUGCAGUUUGGCACUAAUCACCUAGGUCAUUUUCUAUUUACACUCCAUUUAAUACCAUUGUUAAAGAAAGCACCGGCGGGUCGUAUAGUGACCGUGUCGUCGGCCGCACAUAUCAUCGGCAAAAUCCACCUUGAUAAUAUAAAUCUCCGAAACGGUAUAUACAAUAAAGCUUUUUCGUACGGACAGAGCAAACUGGCAAAUGUGUUGUUCAGCCGUGAAUUGGCCAAAAGGCUCCGACACUCAAAUAUCAACACAUAUAGCCUACAUCCCGGUGCGAUCGAUACUGACUUUGUCCGACACAUUGAAAAUCCUAACACCCAGGAAGGGGUGGGGGCGGCCAUAAAGAGGUGGUAUAAACGCAACCUUUUAAUGACACCAUUGAUGGGCUCUCAGACCACACUCUACUGCGCUCUCGACGAUGAACUCGCAGAUCAGACGGGAUAUUAUUACGACAACUGUCGUCGUGUGGAUCAUAUGAUACCCGAAGCCAAUGACGAUAAGACUGCCAAAAGUCUGUGGGAAUUGAGCUGUGAUUUAGGGAAUGUGAAACACAGUUUGAAAGGUUGGAGGAGAGCCGAGCUCUGCGAUGGCGUCUGGAUUGAGGCGCCGGACGUUUGGAUUGAGCGCCACAUCAAACAUCAGCCGGUGCCCUCACACGCGCGCACCAUAUCGUCGAUCUGUAGGUCAGGCGACGGCGUGCGGAAGGACUGCAAACCAAACGCCCGCUUCUCCUCAUCGGUUAUGCGAGACAUGAGGUCCGGUGUCAGCGGAUAUGUGGCCACAAGUGACCCGUUUUUGGCCAACAAUCGGCUCAUGACAUGCAUUAGUCGCGGUUUAUCCUCAAAGAAAUGUAAGGCUCUGUUGCUUACAAUUAGCGAUACCUUAGACUCCAAUGCCUUCAAUACAGGACUCAUUUCAUCCCACGUUUUGCUCAUGUCUUGA